UGAGCUGCUACUCGCGAGGCGCCUGUCACAUGAGCCGCGCGGCCGCUCCACUCCCCCUCCUCCCCGGCUGGGUUGUGUGAAUGAAGCUCUGCCGGCUACGUGGGGCGCUAGCUCAACUUGGUGUCCUGGACGCCGGAGCCGACCGAGCGCGCUGCCCACCGGCGGUGGACCCAGACUCUGCAGCUCCUGACCCGGGCGACAGGUUGGGAGCUGUUUCACCUCCUGCAGAAAGUGACCACACAGCUGUGUUUCCAUCCACACCUCCCCGUGGAAACUGGGGGACCCUGCUCAACCUUGAGCCUGUGGCCCCACUCUAGAAGAUAGGAUCAAGAUGGCCAUGUGGCAGGGAGCCAUGGAUAACAGAGGCUUUAAGCAGGGGAGUUUUUGUAGCUUCCGGAGCAGCUCCAGCGAUGAAGACCUGAUGGACAUACCAGGCACAGCUAUGGACUUCUCCAUGAGAGAUGAUGUUCCUCCCUUAGACCGAGAAAUAGAAGACUGCAAUUAUGAGUUUUGGAAGAAAGACCACAGGAGUCAAGGGCCCUUCUCAUCACAUCAUAUCCAGAAGGACAAGUCAUACAAUGGUGGAGGAGUAGGUUCUUCAAAUAGGAUCAUGGACUUCUUGGAGGAGCCAAUCCCUGGAGUAGGGACCUAUGAUGAUUUCAAUACAAUUGACUGGGUGAGAGAGAAGUCUCGAGACCGGGAUAGGCACCGAGAGAUUACCAAUAAAAGCAAAGAGUCGACGUGGGCCUUAAUUCACAGUGUCAGUGAUGCCUUUUCUGGUUGGUUGUUGAUGCUCCUCAUUGGGCUUUUUUCAGGUUCCUUAGCUGGUUUGAUAGACAUCUCUGCUCAUUGGAUGACAGACUUGAAAGAAGGCAUAUGCACAGGAGGAUUCUGGUUUAACCACGAACAUUGUUGCUGGAACUCUGAGAAUGUCACCUUUGAAGACACAGACAAAUGCCCGGAAUGGAAUAGCUGGGCCCAGCUUAUCAUCAACACUGAUGAGGGAGCCUUUGCCUACAUAGUGAAUUACUUCAUGUACGUGCUCUGGGCUCUGCUCUUUGCCUUCCUGGCCGUGUCUCUGGUGAAAGUGUUUGCACCUUAUGCCUGUGGCUCCGGGAUUCCUGAGAUAAAAACUAUUUUGAGCGGUUUUAUUAUCAGAGGCUACCUAGGCAAGUGGACCCUGGUUAUCAAAACUAUCACCUUGGUGCUGGCAGUGUCAUCUGGCUUGAGCCUGGGCAAAGAGGGCCCCCUAGUGCACGUGGCCUGCUGCUGUGGGAACAUCCUGUGCCACCGCUUCAACAAAUACAGGAAGAAUGAAGCCAAGCGAAGAGAGGUCUUGUCAGCUGCAGCGGCUGCUGGUGUUUCUGUAGCCUUUGGGGCACCUAUUGGCGGCGUAUUAUUCAGCCUGGAAGAGGUCAGCUAUUAUUUCCCCCUCAAAACAUUAUGGCGUUCAUUCUUUGCUGCAUUGGUGGCAGCAUUUACUCUGCGAUCCAUCAAUCCAUUCGGGAACAGCCGCCUAGUUCUCUUUUAUGUGGAGUUUCACACCCCAUGGCAUCUCUUUGAGCUUGUACCGUUCAUUCUGCUGGGCAUCUUUGGUGGCCUCUGGGGGGCUCUGUUUAUCCGCACAAACAUUGCCUGGUGUCGGAAGCGCAAGACCACCCAGCUGGGCAAGUAUCCUGUCAUUGAGGUCCUCGUCGUGACAGCCAUCACUGCCAUCCUGGCCUUCCCCAAUGAAUACACCAGAAUGAGCACCAGUGAGCUCAUUUCGGAGCUGUUCAAUGACUGUGGCCUUCUGGACUCCUCCAAGCUCUGCGAUUAUGAGAACCACUUCAACACCAGCAAGGGAGGCGAACUGCCCGACAGACCAGCCGGUGUGGGAGUUUACAGUGCAAUGUGGCAGCUGGCUUUGGCACUCAUACUGAAAAUUGUCAUUACCAUAUUUACCUUUGGCAUGAAGAUCCCUUCUGGCCUCUUUAUCCCCAGCAUGGCUGUUGGUGCUAUAGCAGGGCGACUUUUAGGAGUGGGAAUGGAACAGCUGGCUUAUUACCACCAUGACUGGACCAUCUUCAACAGCUGGUGUAGUCAGGGAGCUGAUUGUAUCACCCCUGGCCUCUAUGCCAUGGUUGGAGCUGCAGCCUGCUUAGGUGGGGUGACUCGGAUGACUGUUUCUCUCGUUGUCAUAAUGUUUGAACUCACCGGUGGCUUGGAAUACAUCGUGCCUCUGAUGGCUGCAGCCAUGACAAGCAAGUGGGUGGCAGAUGCUCUUGGCCGGGAGGGCAUCUAUGAUGCCCACAUCCGUCUCAAUGGAUACCCCUUUCUUGAAGCCAAAGAAGAGUUUGCUCAUAAGACCCUGGCAAUGGAUGUGAUGAAGCCCCGGAGAAAUGAUCCUUUGUUGACUGUCCUUACUCAGGACAGUCUGACUGUGGAAGAUGUUGAGACCAUAAUCAGUGAAACCACUUACAGUGGCUUCCCAGUGGUGGUGUCUCGGGAAUCCCAAAGACUUGUGGGUUUUGUCCUCCGAAGAGAUCUCAUCAUUUCGAUUGAAAAUGCUCGAAAGAAGCAGGAUGGGGUUGUGAGCACCUCCAUCAUUUAUUUCACCGAGCAUUCUCCUCCAAUGCCACCGUACACUCCGCCCACCCUAAAGCUGCGCAACAUUCUGGAUCUCAGUCCCUUCACUGUAACUGACCUCACACCCAUGGAGAUUGUAGUGGAUAUCUUCCGCAAGCUGGGACUGCGGCAGUGCCUGGUCACACAUAACGGGCGUUUGCUUGGAAUCAUUACCAAAAAGGAUGUGUUAAAGCAUAUAGCACAGAUGGCAAACCAAGAUCCUGAUUCUAUUCUCUUCAACUAGAAUCAUAGGGUUAUUCUGGAUCCAAAACAGGAAGGACAUUGCAGACCAUGGAUAUAUUUUAUUAACUGGGUACCCAAAACACAUUUCUCAUAUUUGGAUGGUGAGGUCAUAUUAGUGUGUUGUCUCUUUCCUACAAGUUAACCAGUUGCACUACGUAAUCUCUGGAAAGUAAUCUCUUUAGGAGAGAAUACAGUUAGGCUUCUAUGAUAAUGAAUUUGGAAGAUUUCAUGAAAGAGUAAACAAGACCGCUGUGAUUUAAUUGUUUGUUUUUAAGAUUUUGUUUUAGUUUGAAAAAAAAAUCGUUAGCCAAUAUGCAAUCACUGAAAACUAUGCAAGAAAAAUUCCCAAACCGGCUUGACCUGUAGCCUACAGGAAAUCAUUUUAAAAAGUCAUUUUGGGGGGAUCUAAUUGUCAUUUGUGGAAGAUGAAGUGUAAACUUAAGGAGCUUUGCUUUUCAAACCAUGGAAAGGAAAGCCAGAAGGAAAAUAGUAAUGGUAUUUUCUAGACUGUGAAGAUUCAGUUCAAAUAUUAUCCUUGUUCCUGUUACAAUACCUAGCCUCGUUAGUUUGUUAUGUGUGUACUUGUAUGUUCAUUUUAAUUUCUGGUUAUAAGACAAUGCUGCUUUGGUUAGUCUCCUCUAAGCGAUUUGGAGAGAUUGACUUUUAUAGCUUGCUUGUUCCUGGUACUCUUUUGAAGUGCACAAAGAUAAGUUAUACAUCUUUCUCCUUGUCUGCGAAAAGAGUAGUUUUCCAGAUGGUAUCUGUUAGCUAGUAAGCAAGGACUUUGCCAUGAAUUUGUGAGCAGCAAGGAAAUGAUUUCUUCCAGCCUUGAAAUGAAUGAUCAGUAAAGUUCUCAGCAAAGUCCGUGACUGGGAAUUUCACAUUUUUUUUGUGAGGUCCUAACAAAUCCUCUUACCCAGAUGCCUCCUCCACGAAUGAUGGUGCUUUCGGCUUCUGGAAUAUGGAAGACCAGUCAAGGGAACCACGUCGAGAUUGCAUCCUGGUAACCCGGGGAAGAUUCAGAGCUGCACCUGCAUCCUCAUGCAUUCCUUUGUACAGAGACCACCAGGGCUAAAAUAACUGGGCACCCAUGGCUCCUCCCAGUGUUCCAUACGUGUGACAGGCCAGUGUCAUCCCUGUGAGUGUGAAUCAGGCUUGAGAUUCUCUCCGAAUAUAUCCAAGGUGUUGGGACAAGAUAGGCAGCAGUGACUCCCUUGAGGGUCCUUAGCAUCCUAAAUAAAAUCCAGAAUCAUCUUCAGACCUAGGGGUAUGGACAAAGCCUCGUGACACCAAAGGUGCUUGUAACCAAUUGAAAAGGUGCCAGUCUCAAUUUCUUACCACGUUUAUUGCAGUGAAGCAAAAAGUCAUCAUGCCAUAGGGACACCUAGUGGUCUUAAAGAGCCACCACCCCCACCGCCACCACCAUUCCAACCACUACUCCGUUUUCUGUAGUUUUAGCCAUGUUCUCCAGGUGCAACCCUUCUCUUCUAUUGCCCUUCCUACUCUUCAGUACUGAAUCCUCUCUUUGGGAUUGAGCACUGCGACUGGUUAAUCAUUCCUAAUACAUAUGUAGAAAAAAAAUAGUGUCUUCCAAGGCUAGUGAAAUUGCAAACUAUGGCUCAGCAAUCUUAUGGCACAUGGACCGGAGGUGACCUACCGCCGUUUGCUUUGCCAUGUGGCCCAGUUGCUGCUGCCAUGCCUCCAGUUCCAUAUCAGAUGCCUGUAACAGUGAGACACCACUGCCCGGGGUGAGAGUUCAGCCUUGCUCAUUUUACGAUUCUGGUACCAGCACUUGCCGCUCUCCUUCCAGCCUGGUAUCAGCAGUCAGCUGGCAUAACCCUCCCCCCCCAGACACCUCUGCAGCAUACCUCAUUGUGAAAGUUACUCACCCCUGAUUCAUGAACUUCUUACCCCUAGUUCUUAUCUUUCUAAAAUCUUUUAUUGCCCAGAACUGGGAAGCCAAGGCUUAUUUUCAUUGUUAUCCUUAAAAUAUCAGUCACCAGAGUGUCUCCUCCUCAGUAUAUCACUUUAGCAUUUUAAUGAAAAAGGAAAAAAAAAACAA